UCUACGUCUCACUAGAUCUCCCGCAUGCAGGCGACGUAGACACUCAUUUACAAUGUCUCACGCUCUUCUGUUACGUCUCUUCCUAUCGCCGUCAUUCUUCACGGUGCAUGUCGCGCUGCAAUAUCUCCAGAUUUACGCAGGCAACAUCGGCAUUACAUAUUAUUUGACGCGGAGGCUGCGGGAGCUUGAUACAGAAGAGCUGCGCGAAGUAUGGGGAUUCAUAUGCCAUUUGCUUGUAACCAAACCGUCGGAGUCGCGAGCCCUAGAAUGCUUUGUUGUCGAGAUUGCUCAUAAAUCGACCCAUAUUGCCAUGCUUACUCUAUGGUAUAUGCAAGCAUAUUUGAAGGACAUUGGCCCUCCCAGCAAUAAUCCGCCAUCUUUCAUGAUUUGCCAACGAGUCCUGCAUGAGUGCCAUGAACUCAUAUUUGGCGACAUACCCCCUCAAUCGACUGCUCCGUAUUCGAGCAUACACCUACCAACACGACUGGGCCCCAUACGCAGGAAAGUCAGACCUCACGUUCAGCCGGCCCUGGUUGGCAUCGGCAUGAUGUUGGCAGGGAUUCCGGUGAUGCCGCAGUUGACAGAGAUCAUGGGGGAGGUCGCGAUUGAACAAGGUCGUGUUGACGAAGAAGGCCAAGAUAUAAAGAGCCUUGAACGAGCGGAGGACGAUAUCGUUCGAGGUGUAUCGGUUGAUACCUCUGCGGAUGCCGAAGAGGGGAAGGAUGGCUUAGACGGUUCAGACGAGGAAGCGGAUACACAGCUUGUUGAAGAACCGCAGCCUCUUCGGGCUCAUACCAAGUUCCUUGCCAGGGAGCUUGUACCGGGAUCUCGUCGGCAAACAGUAGCUGCUCAAACAAGCCCAGCACUACCCAUGCAUUUAAAAGGUAUUCGCAGGUAUAGAUUGUCAGAAGAUCCCUUUGGUCAACAAGAUACUUCGCCGCCUACUUCCACCCCCUUCCAGUCGACACCAACCUUUUCUGUUGCAAGACAUCGUGCUAAGACCAUGAGCAUCCAAGUUGCGGAUCUACUUCAGAAGUACGACUUUCUAUCGCAAGUUCAUCUCCUGCGCAGCCAUUACUGCCGUUCAGAGAUCAAGUUCCUACUAGCUCUCGAAAACAUUUCCAACCGACUGUUGGUAGUUCCCAGACCAGCUCGUAUCAGCGCGCUAAGGGCUGAGCUAACGGGUCUGAAUCAUGUGCUACCUGCAGAGGUCUGCAUGCCGAUGUGGUGCGGCUCCUCCGACACACCGGUUCCUCCGCAGGGCGUACCCCAACCACACCAUCGGAUUGUCCGUAUACCCCCAGGUGAGAGCGUAGUGCUCAAUUCAGCGGAGCGUGCGCCAUACCUGCUACUCAUCGAGAUUCUGCACGGCGACCUGGAUUUUGACCCUGCCAAGCGGAACAACAAAGAGAUCCUGAAGAAGAUCGUGUUGAAGGAGGCUGAACGGAAGGGUUCAUCGAAAGAUUUUGUGACCUUCACGGGCAAUUUGUCUGCGGCGAAACGGUCAACAAACCCGCCAGAGUCGGCGACCGUGGUGGAGGAGACCAUCGGUAUAAACAAUGAGGACGUCGUCGAGAGCCCCACAGUUCUUAUUUCCACCUUCCCUCCAACGCCUGUAUCUCCGACCCCGCCUGAGGACGAUGAAGAAGAAAUCGAUCUCGUAGAGCAACUCUAUGGUGAGGAUAACUCCCUUCUUAACCGAGAGGCAGACCUCUCGGACUCAAUCGUCCUUCCGCCGCCUCCCAAGAACAAGGAGCUGGAUAUGGCGACAUGGUCACGCUCAAAUUCUAUCCCUCCAACCCCUGCAGUGGAGAGCGAUUUGGCCAGCCAUCACUAUCCUACCCUUGAUACGACCGGGGCUGGUCGUCUGCUGAUGAGUUCCACGUCGCAACAGCCAAAUCCCACAAAUGGUCAUACUUACAAUGGUUCGCGAGCGCUCUCAAUGGAUGAAUACUCGGAACGCAUGCGGACGGCAGCUGUGAUGCUCGCUCAGCUCAAUGCCAACCUCAUGCGCGAGGCUUCGCCUUUAGUGCAAACACCGUCAUUGGAGUCGUCUUCCCUCGCAAGUCCAUUCCGGUGGCUGACCGACACACCUAUUCUCACUGUUACUCCUGGUAAUGACGACGGCCCGAGCACACCUGCACCCUCAUCUGCGCCUGUUCCGGCGCCGAUGAAGCUGCAGCCGACGGAAGCAGCGGCUAUCAGAGAGAGGAUCAUGGGCGAAAUGUUGGCAUUAGAAGAGGAGCGUAUGGCUCGCAUGCGAGAAGGAGAGAGUAUGCUCGCGAUGGGAGAGAGCAACGGGGGCAUGAGGACAGCGGAGGAUGAGCGAAUUAUCCGGAAGGAGCUCAGCAAAGCAGAUCCAUCCGCCGCAGUGUUUAGCGAGUCUUGGGCAGCAAAGAAGAGUCGCAUUCGGCAAUCUUCGCCCUAUGGCCACUUAGCUACCUGGGACUGCGCUUCUGUCAUCGUCAAAACUGGAGGUGAUCUGCGACAGGAACAAUUGGCUGUCCAGCUCAUUCAAGAGUUCGACAAGAUUUGGAAAGAAGAGAACUGUCCGUGUUGGGUGCGAUAUUUCCGAAUACUGAUUACUGGGAGCACGUCUGGUUUGGUGGAGACCAUUACCGAUGCUGUCUCAAUACAUUCAAUCAAGAAAGCGGAGUACGCCCGCAGACUGGCUCAAGGCCGGCUAGGUCAUGUUAGUAUCUUCGACCACUUCAGAGUGACUUACGGUGACCCAUCCUCUGCCAAGUUCGCUCGAGCACAGCGCAAUUUCGCAAAGUCGUUAGCUGGCUAUUCUCUUGUUACCUACUUCCUGCAGAUCAAGGAUCGGCACAAUGGCAAUAUCCUGCUUGAUCGAGACGGACACCUUAUUCACAUCGACUUCGGCUUCAUGUUGUCAAACUCGCCAGGAAACAUCGGUUUUGAGGCAGCUCCUUUCAAGCUGCCUUUCGAGUACAUCGAGGUGCUUGGUGGUAUCAAUAGCAAGCCGUUCAUGGAGUUCAAGAGACUUUUCAGGGAAGGCUUCGAGGCUGCGCGGAAGCAUUGCGAUCGAAUCGUCACACUCGUUGAAUUGAUGCAGAAGGACUCUACGCUACCCUGUUUUGUUGCCUUGGGAGAACAAACUUCCGUGCAGCUCCGGGAGCGAUUUGUACAGGGUCUCACACAAAUCGCCGUAGUAGAGCAUGUCAAUCGACUCAUCGAGUCGUCUCUUGGGUCCAACUGGACACGCCUGUAUGAUUCGUACCAGUAUUAUUCUCAGUCUAUAUUCUAGGGACUCUGCAGGACAGGACAGUGCAGGUUAUUCAGACGAAAAGACAGAUGAUCAUGCAUACGCUUGCUUGCUACCCCUAGUCACUGCGCAAGCCGCAUCGAUUUCCUUGCCAUAAUUUACCCAUCGAGGAUGAUACAAGCUCUCAAUUAUAUUGAUCCAAAUCAAGUGAAUGACAGAUUGUCCAGCUGACAG